CGAAGGUCCUUUAGCUGACUAGGAUCUAGCAUCUACCGGCCGGUUCGGCUGCGGAUGGCAGAGUCCGGCCUGGGGGCUGGAGGAAAACCGGAACCAGCAGUGGGUGGAGCGGGGUCUAUCACAGAAUGGGAAAGAGACGCUGCGUGUCAACUACCGAGAAUAAGCCAUCUUCAGGCUGCUGUGGAGUAAAAAAGCCCAAACUGUGCCCCUCUCCUGCUGGCAGUGUUCAGCCCCCAGUCCCGCAUAACUGCCAGCCCCACGAGGACAAGACGGUGGGGCCAGGUGCUCUCACCCCACUCUCCCGCCCUAAUGGGACCACAAGCGGAAGGGAGCAGUUGGUGGUGACAGCUGAAAUGGGCUGCUACUGCUUUGAUGUUCUUUAUUGUCAUCUGCAUGGCUUCCCACAGCCACGUCUGCCACGGUUCACCAAUGACCCCUACCCUCUUUUUGUCACAUGGAAGGCUGGACGUGACAAGCGUCUUCGUGGCUGUAUUGGCACUUUUUCGGCCAUGAACUUACAUUCAGGACUCAGGGAAUACACCUUAACCAGUGCCCUUAAGGACAGCCGCUUCCCUCCUCUAACCCGUGAGGAGCUGCCAAAGCUGUCUUGCUCGGUGUCUCUGCUCACCAACUUUGAGGAUGUAGGCGAUUUCCUGGACUGGGAGGUUGGAAUCCAUGGGAUCCGGAUUGAGUUCUUAAAUGAGAAAGGGGUAAAACGCACAGCCACCUACCUACCAGAAGUAGCCAAGGAACAAGAUUGGGAUCAGAUUCAGACAAUAGACUCUCUGCUCAGGAAAGGUGGCUUCAAAGCUCCAAUUACUAAUGAAUUUAGAAAAAGCAUCAAACUCACAAGGUACCGCAGUGAGAAGGUGACAAUCAGCUACACAGAAUACAUGGCCUCCCGCCAGAAUGCACAGCAAAAUGGCACUGUGCAUGCACUGCCUCAUUAUACGCAUUACUCCUGACACAGCGCUGCCCGUGUCGCAGCCCUGCCCCCCGCUCGCCGGCAAUGCCUGUGAUCUCCUGACAUCUGACUCCUCCUCAGCCCCCUCCUCCUGGUCCAGUUACCUAUACUACUGCACCAUCCUAUGAGCUUCACCAGAGGAGGGCGCAGUGCCCAGAGACUCGCAGACACAAGCAGCCUUACCUCACCCCGCUCUCUCCAGGGACCUUGAGUGGGAGGGAGAGCUAAAUAGAAAGUUAUGGUCUCCUUCAUCCCCUCCUGUGUUAGGGGUCACUCCCCCAGAAAAAGCACUUUUAGGUUUUUACAUUCAGUAUUCAUUUUUUUUAUAUACACAUAUAUGAAUAUAUCUUUUUUUAACCUAAAGAACAUGCCCUACUUUGAAAUAGGCUCCCUUAUUUUCCAAAUUUGCCUGGAAUGGCUUUCAGUGUGUUGCUUUGACAGCUCAGCACGGGGCUGUAAGUCUGACACAUUGUGAGCGAGUAGUGCACAUUAGUUUGCCAGGGACAUCCGUUUCCAUGUAUCACACCUUACUUCAAGUGAAUCCUGCCCCGUUCUGCCUUAGAAAGUCUCAAUACUGCAUAGGAGUACCUCUUUCUAUGCAAAUCUGAAUACAUUCUACCUCUUUGUUGUCCCAUUUAUGAAACAAGCCUGUGGAAAGCUGGGCUGUUGGGAGGUGUCCACCUAUAAUUAAAGGGAUUUUCUGGGAGUAGAAUAUUGAUUGCCUAUCCACAGGAUAAGUCGUCAAUAUCUGAUCGGUGGAGUCAUCCAGCACCACCACCACCGAUCAGCUGUAUGAAGAGGCUGCGGCGCAUCGGUGAGCAGGCUCCUUGCAGCAUACCAAGCACAGCGCCGUACAUUGUAUAGUGGCUGUACUUGGUACUGCGGCUCAGGCUCAUUCACCUGAAUAGGACUGAGCUGCACCUGGUCAAGGUGACCAAUAGAUGUGACGUCAGUGGCCUAGGAGGAGGCUGCAGCACGCACUGAGACCUCUUCAAACAGUUGAUCGGGAGGGAUUGGCGGAGUUGGACAUCCACCAAUCAGAUAUUCUUCUCCCAGAAAACCCCUUUAGAGGGUUCUAAACUUUAUUUCCAGCUGUUUAGUCCUAAAAUAAAAAAGACUUCUUGUUUCUAUUUCCCAUUAUUUUCCAGUUCUAUUGACACAGUCACCAAUGUUAAAGGGAAUCCGUCACCAGCGACCUCGCUCUCAAACUGCACAGAAACAUAGCUGUGGUUCACCUGAUUAAAACACAUUUUUUCUUUUGUUGAUCUGAGGGUCCGUUCAUGAAUUAUGAUAGUUUUUCUUAAUAUGCAAAUUAGUAAUUUGGUGCAAUGAGGGUGUCACCAUUGCUCUUAUUGCACACAAGCUCCGCUCCUUUCUGUGGCCAGCUCUUCCCUGCCUGCUUUGAUUGACAGGGCCAGGCGGUGGCAAAGCAGUGAGGGAAGGGCUGACCACAGAAAAGAGCGGAGCUUUUGUGCAACAAGAGCAAUGGGGAUGCCCUCAUUGCACCAAAGACCUAAUUUGCAUAUUUAAUAAACAUAUCAUAACUAGGGAACAGAGCCUCGGAUCAACAAAAUAAAAACUGUAUUUUAAUCAGAUGAACUACUGUAUGUAUCUGUGCAAACAGUUUGAUAGAGAGGUUGCUGGUGACAGAUUCCCUUUAACAAUGAAUGUUUUAUGUCUGGUUGCUAUGAAUAUAUCCAUGAUCAUUUUUAUGUAUGGACGUACAUUUUUUCCUUUAUACUAGACAUAAUAAUAUGCAAAUGCAUUCUAUUAAACGUGUCAGCUUUAUGAAGCGGUCUAAAAGACUCAUAUCAACCAAUCACAGUGCAGCUUUCAUUUCAUAUUCUGCUCUUGAAAACUAAAUGCUGUAUUGUAUCUGGUUAUUCUGGGCAAUAAAGACCGUUUUUUUUUUUGUUUUUUUUUUAGAAAUCUGCCCCAUUAGGUCUUCCUAAUAAAAUCUGAAUAAAAAUUAAACACAAUUUCAAUGGCGGUCAAUACAUAAUGCUGGACGUGUCCAUGUCAACCAGCAGAGAACAUGUGGAACACUGUGCAAAGGACCUUUUUUAUUUCCAAGACCAAACAGCUUUAUUUAUAAAAAAGGUUUAGAACCCAUUUAAGUAAAACUCACUGUUGGCCCAUAGCCAAAAAUGUACUGCAAACUAAAUGAACGUGAUAGUUACCUGACAGCCGACAAUCCAGUACUGGUCAUAGUGGCCAUCAUCCUCUCCCGACAGCCAUGUCUUCAAAUGGUCCUUAAAGGGAACCUGUCACAUUGAACGUGGUGUUUGAGCUGCAGGCUACAUGUUAUAGAGCAGGAGGAGCUGAGCAGAUUGAUAUACA